AUGGGGGGUCCUCCAUUCAAGAUGAGGGGAGCUUGGACUCACCUUAGGGAGCUUCUUAGAACGUGGAUGCUUAGAGAGCAGAUAUGGACCCAGAGCCUGGAUGAGGCCAACAUGCUUCAGCAGAAGAGGAUCUUGGAGUCCCCACUACUUAUGGCAGCCAAAGAGAAUGACCUCUGCACCCUCAAGAAGCUGCUUCUGGAUGGUCCCUGUGAUAUUCAUCAAAGAGGGGCCCUGGGGGAGACAGCACUACAUAUAGCUGCCUUCUAUGACAACCUGGAGGCAGCCAAGUUCCUGAUGGAGGUUGCUCCUGAACUGGUGAAUGAACCAAUGACCUCUGAGCUGUAUGCAGGCCAGACAGCACUUCAUAUGGCUACUGUGAACCAGAAUGUGAACUUGGUGAGGGCCCUGCUGGCCUGUGGGGCCAGUGUUUCUGCCCGAGCCACUGGAAGGGCCUUUCGUCAAAACAAACUCUUCUACUUUGGGGAGCACCCUUUGUCCUUUGCUGCUUGCAUUGGCAAUGAGGAGAUUGUUCGACUACUCAUCGAAUUUGGAGCUGACAUCAGGGCCCAGGACUACUUGGGAAACACAGUGCUGCACCUCCUAAUCCUGCAACCUGCCAAAAACUUUGCCUGCCAGAUGUACAAUGUAUUGCUCUCCUAUGAUGGGCAUGGGAGUCACCUGCAGCCACUUGAGCACAUCUCCAACCACCAGGGUCUCACCCCCUUCAAGUUAGCUGGUGUAGAAGGCAACACUGUGAUGUUUAAGCAUCUGAUGCAAAAGCGCAAAUAUAUCCAAUGGACAUAUGGCCCAUUGACCUCCACGCUGUAUGAUCUCACGGACAUUGAUUCUUGGGGAGAAGAAUUGUCCUUCCUGGAGCUUGUUGUCUCCACCAAGAAGCGUGAGGUCCGCCAGAUCCUGGAGCAGACCCCUGUGAAGGAACUGGUGAGCCUCAAGUGGAACAGGUUUGGGAGACCAUACUUCUAUGCUCUGGCUGCCAUCUACGUUCUCUACAUGAUUUGCUUCACAAUGUGCUGUAUCUACCGUCCUCUCAAGCCUCGGAACAGCAACCAUACUAACUCACGAGACAUUGAUAUCUUUGAGGAAAAAUGUCUUCAGGAAUCCUACGUGACCUAUGAGGAUCGUGUUCGGCUGGUUGGGGAGCUGGUGUCUGUCAUUGGGGCUGUGGCCAUUUUACUCUCAGAGAUUCCAGAUGUCUUCAGAAUUGGGUUCACUCAAUACUUUGGACACACCAUCCUUGGAGGACCUUUCCAUGUCAUCAUCAUCGUCUAUGCCUGCAUGGUGCUAGUGACCAUGGUGAUGCGGCUCACCAGCACAUCUGGGGAGGUGGUGCCAAUGUCUUUUGCCCUGGUGCUUGGCUGGUGCAAUGUUAUGUACUUUGCCCGAGGAUUCCAGAUGUUGGGCCCCUUCACCAUCAUGAUCCAGAAGAUGUUUUUUGGGGAUCUAUUACGAUUUUGCUGGCUGAUGGCUGUGGUUAUCCUGGGCUUUGCCUCUGCGUUUUAUAUCAUCUUUCAGACAGAGGACCCAAGCAAGCUGGGCCAAUUCUUCAGCUAUCCUAUGUCAUUAUUCACCACCUUUGAGCUCUUUCUUACAAUCAUUGAUGGCCCUGCCAACUAUGAUGUGGAUCUGCCCUUCAUGUACAGUGUGGUCUACUUUGCCUUUGCCAUCAUUGCCGUACUCCUGAUGCUCAACCUCUUCAUUGCUAUGAUGGGCGAUACUCACUGGCGGGUGGCCCAUGAACGGGAUGAGCUCUGGAGAGCCCAGGUUGUGGCCACCACAGUAAUGUUGGAGAGGAAGCUACCACGAUGCCUGUGGCCUCGCUCAGGGAUCUGUGGAAGAGAGUUUGGACUUGGAGAUCGCUGGUUUUUGCGAGUGGAAGACCUCCAAGAUCUCAACCCUCUUCGUGUGCUCCGAUAUGUGGAAGCCCUCAAAUCCUCUGACCAAGAUGAAUCAGAACAGGAACAUCUAUCUGAGAAGCUACCACCCAAGCAGAUGGGUAAAAUACUGGGGAAGGCCUCAUUGGUAGCCCCAACACCCUCCUUAUCCCGAACUACAUCUCAAAGUAGCUCCAGUCACUGGGGCUGGGAGGUCCUUCGAAGAAACACCUUGGGCCACGUGAACCAUGGUCUAGAUUUGAGAGACGAGGAUGAGGAGGAGAAAGUCUACCAUGUAUGA